AUGGAACACAGAAGAUUGCGCAAAGGGCCGCUACCUGGAGGUCGUCAGGGCGCGUCUGGAGCUGGCGCUGGACGCGACAGCAUGCGAACCGCCAGCCGAGCGCGAGGUGCUGCACGACCACCCAGCAGCCCCUCGCAUCCAUCAUCCCCACCAGCUUGCUUGGUGUCGGCAGGGUCUUCGCAGACCCAGCAAUCGGCACCCGCCACUGGUGGAGUACGCCGCAUGCGAUGGACCAUCAAUAUGAAUUCAAACGCACUGCGGGCGUAUUUUAGGGCGAAAGGGGGAGAAAUUGGAGGUUUCGCGUAUCGGGCUAGGAUGCAUCGUCUUUUUACUGAGCUGGAGCCAUCUAUUACUGUCACCGAGCAGAACCUGGCAGACCGAGUUCGGUAUAUCUUACGCUCAAAUAUAUUUGAUGGCGCCGAACUCGAACGGCUACGACGUGAGGCUGUUCCCUCAUCAAAUGAAAACGCUACGACUGGGGGUGCGGUGCCACAAGUUGCAGAACAACCCGCACACGUGGAUGCCGCCGAGAAUACCCCAGUGGUUGCUGAUUCAAAUGAUGAUGGAACAUUCACCCAGGAACUAGAAAUAGAGCAAAUGAGGAGUACAUUGGAAGAGGCGAUUAUGGAAACGCGCAGUACGCCUCUCGAAAAUCGACCGCGACUUCCCCGCAUAGCCCUAAGCAAGCGGAAUCGGGCUGUCGUGAGGGCUCUGAACCCAAUGCUGGUGACCUAUUUGGAAGCCAGCCGGGACCUUUGUGAGACGGACUCAAUUCUCUUUGGCGCCGCACUGGCAGUCUGCCGUAUUAUUGGCGCCAAACUUUCCACGACUGGUCGCACUACUGGACAAAGUAGUGCUAUCCCAGCCUGGAGAACAAGAAUUGAAGAACGUAUCGCAAAGGCUAGGGCCCUCAUCGGCAGACUGAUAUGCUUCAGGUCAGGCAAUACCAGGCCAAGGAUUGUGCGCACCGUCAGGAUGGCGUUUGCUUGUUAG